CAUUGUUUUUCUUUGAUAAGAAAGCUACUGUGUAGUGUGUAGCUGUAGAAACGUUUUUAUUUCUCUAUGAAUGUGUUAAAAAUACGUGUUUUAUUUUCGUUCAUGCGAACAAUAUUAUUGGGUUUUCAACGUGAAACGAGUAGUGUGUUUUAAAACACAAUCAUGGAUUCCGGCGAGACAGCAUCGCCAUCGCCAGAUACGAACUCGACGUCGACUUCGCAAACUGGCGAAAUGUUAAAACUGUGCGACGAAGUUGCUGUAACUUGUAAAAAGUUCAGAGGAUUACUCGAAAAAUACGAGCAUUUACUGUCGUCGUACAAUGCGAAGCAAGGUGUAAGUCUGUUCAAUAUCAAAUCCGAUACGAUGUUCACGUAUAUCUGCAAUCUGCUCUUUGUAAUGUUGAAGAAAAGUUGCGGCUUAUCCAUUCAAGAUCCACAAACUAGAGAAAGAAUUGGUCAAGUUCGAGUGAUACUGGAAAAGAUGAAACCGCUCGAGUUGAAAUUAAAGUAUCAAAUUGAAAAAUACAUCAAAAUGACCCAACCGGGACAGAGUGGCGGUAGCGUCGUAGAUAAGAGUAAAUUUCGCGCUAAAAUUGAAAACUUGCAGAACGACGAUGGAAACGAUGAAAACAACGAAAUCGAUGAUGACGAUAAUAACGGAGAUGACGAAGGCAGCGACGAAGAUCUCGAUGAAGACGAUAAUAGCAAGGGUAAAAAAUCUGCGAAAAAUGCCGACGCUAAAGCGAACGCUGUUUACAGACCGCCGAAAGUAGCCGCAGUUCCGUACGAUGAUUCGAGGGAAGAAGAUAAACGUAAAAGAAGGUUAGAGCAGGCGAAGAAAAGAGCUUUGAGUACGUCGAUUAUUCAAGAAUUGAAAGAAGAAUAUUUAGAUACACCGUUGGAGAUCGCCAGUACUACUACGUUACGUAACAAACGUACGAAUUACAGACAAGAGCGAGAAAGUUACGAAGAAACCUAUUUCACUCGUUUACCAACCACUAAAAAGGAACGCCACAGAGAUAAGCAAAUGGCUUCGUUGACACUAGGAACUUUGGGAACCGAAGUUACUCGAUUCGAAGACAUAUCCGCUCUCGAUGAACGUACCUCCGAUCGUUCUAAUAAGCGUAAAAAGACUCCCGUGAAAAAGAAUAAAGGUUUUAAAAAGAGAAGAACUCGUUGAUCAUCGUGUUCGUUGGGCAGGUACUCUCGCAAUAUCUCGUCGUAUUGUUAUUUGUACAUUAUUUUAAAAGUAAAACGAAACGUUUUGUUAGAA